CUGACGCUCAGCUGCGUGGCGGAGACAGCUCAAACCAAGGCUGCAGCUGCUGUAUUUACGUAGACUGGGCCAUUAAAACGCUGUAUUCACAUCUCACGCCUCAUAUGCCAUCUCAAAGACGGUGCAGAAUCUCCUGUCUGAGGUGCAAUGGCUAGAAAGACAGACAUUCCUCCUUCAUACUAUGGUGAGCCACGCCACUUUGACCCCAGCUUCAGAGGACCUAUCCAUAACAGGGCCUGCACGGAUGUGUUGUGCUGUGUCAUCUUCGUCAUCGUCAUCCUCGGCUACAUCGCUCUGGGCACCGUGGCCUGGAUACAUGGCGACCCCAGGAAGGUGGUCUACCCCACUGACAGCCACGGACAGUUCUGUGGACAGCAGGGGACCCCCAACGCCAACAAAGCCAUAUUAUUCUACUUCAACAUAUUGCAAUGUGCCAAUCCUGCCGUUCUCAUUAACCUCCAGUGCCCUACAACCCAACUCUGUGUCUCCAAGUGCCCAGACAGAUUUGCCACAUACCUAGACAUGCAGUACAACUACAGGUACAACAACAGCUACUGGGAGUAUUACAGGCAGUUCUGCAAGCCAGGCUUCGACAAUCCUAGAAAGUCAGUUGCACACGUCUUGAGAGAUGAGGACUGCCCAUCUAUGAUAGUGCCAAGCAGACCUUUCCUUCAGAGGUGCUUCCCUGAUUUCAUCACCAGGAACGGGACGCUAACUGUCGCCAACAAGACGGACUUCAAAGACGGGUUAGGUAAAACGAGGAGCGUGAUCGAUCUCAGGGACGCUGCCAAUGGCAUUACCAGUCUGCUAGAUGCCAAGGAGGUUGGCAUGAAGAUAUUUGAGGAUUACGCCAGCUCCUGGUACUGGAUUUUAAUUCUGGUGAUAACCAUGGUGGUCAGCCUGGCUUUUAUCCUGCUGCUACGGUUCACAGCCGGAGUUCUCCUGUGGCUCAUCAUCUUUGGAGUCAUCGCUGUGGUGGGCUAUGGGAUCUGGCACUGCUACUGGGAGUUCAGUACACUGAGAGGGAAGCCACACAGUGAUGGUGAUGUUACCAUCUCUGACAUCGGCUUUCAGACAGACUUCAGUGUUUACCUGCAGCUCAGUCAAACCUGGCUCAUCUUGAUGAUCUCCCUAUCAGUCAUUGAGGCGGUCAUCAUAGUCAUCCUGAUAUUCCUGAGGAGGAGAGUACGCAUCGCCAUCGCUCUGCUGGAGGAGGGGAGCAGGGCCAUUGGUUACAUCAUGUCCACUCUCUUCUACCCGAUCAUCACAUUUGUGCUGCUGGCCAUCUGCAUAGCGUACUGGGCAGUCAUUGCUGUCUUCUUAGCGUCAUCUGGUGAUGCUGUCUACAAGGUCAUGUCGACGCAGGACAAAUGCAUGUAUGCCAACCUCACCUGUGAUCCAGAGACGUUCAGUCAGACCAACGUGACCACGGUGUGCCCGGGCUCCCAGUGCACCUUUGCCUUCUACGGCGGCGAGAGCCUCUACCACCACUACAUCUUUGUGCUGCAGCUGUGCAACGUACUGAUGUUCCUGUGGCUGGUCAACUUUACCAUCGCCCUGGGACAGUGCACCCUGGCCGGGGCCUUCGCUUCCUACUACUGGGCCCUGAAGAAGCCCCAAGACAUACCAUCAUGCCCCUUGUUUUCCUCCUUUAGCAGGGCUGUACGGUACCACACAGGCUCUCUGGCAUUUGGCUCUCUGAUCCUGGCCUUGGUGCAGAUGUCUCGCAUCGUUCUAGAGUAUCUGGAUCACAAACUCAAAGGUGCUCACAAUGCUUUUGCCCGCUUCCUGAUUUGCUGUCUCAAAUGCUGCUUCUGGUGCCUCGAACAUUUCAUCAAGUUCAUGAACAGGAACGCCUACAUCAUGAUGGCGAUAUAUGGAAAGAGCUUCUGCACUUCGGCCAAAGAUGCUUUCUUCCUCCUGAUGAGGAACGUAGUAAGGGUGGCAGUGCUGGAUAAGGUGACAGACUUUCUCCUCUUCUUGGGAAAAGUGCUUAUUUCAGGGAGUGUUGGUGUUCUAGCAUUCUUCUUCUUCACCCGUAAGAUUCCAGUUAUUCAAGAGGAGGUGCCAUCACUAAAUUACUACUGGGUCCCCCUACUGACGGUGAUAUUUGGAUCCUACCUGAUCGCCCAUGGCUUCUUCAACGUCUAUGCUAUGUGUGUGGACACCUUAUUCCUUUGUUUCUUGGUGGAUCUGGAGGUGAACAACGGCUCUGCAGCCAGACCCUUCUACAUGAGCAGAACCCUGAGACACAUCCUCAACAAGAACACCAACAAGAGGAGGAAAGACAAGAGAUAGACGAGAGAAGAAGAGAGGAACGGAUACAGGGUGACUGGAGGAGUAUGGAUAGACAGAGGCAGGAAAGGUGAUAGGGAAGACAACCGUGCAGGAUCAAGUAGAGAUGGAGGUAAAUACAUAUUGGACCCAGACUAUCGCCCCGUAGCAUUCA